GAAAUGCUGGUAUGCUAGCCAGCCUUUUCAUUCAGACAGACAGAAUUCCAUUCACAUUUUUCUCGUUUUUCCCCUCCUCUGCUUCUAAUGAAGGGAAUCAUUUCUGAAUGGCAGAGAUUUCGGCUUGUGGCUGAACACAAGACUCGAAAAUGAUCUAUAGAUUGUGUAUGUUUGCUGUUACUAGGGUAGCAGGAGGAAGGGGGAGAAAUGAAUGCAGUGUGGAUGCUGUAGCAGGUUUGCAGGGUGAUGAAAGCCUAUUCUUUGCAGAUCACUAGAAACCUUUUUUUCCACAAUGAGUAGGACAUUUUCAUUCAUCGCCACUGGAAUCAGAGAUGCUGCUUUUCCUUUACGUCUCAUCAGUUUUUCUCAAUAGUUACCUGCACUGAAAGAUAGGAUUGUGUGAUUGUCUUUUAUGUAUUUCAGCCUUUAGUAGGGAAAGAAGUGUGGAUUGUAUGCUGCAGUUUUAAUUCCUUUGCUUUGUAAUAAAAAGUUGUGGUGCCAUCAUUUGGAAUCUGUUUAGUAUAGUUCUUCAGCUUCUGAAUGUACUGUAUACAUAGAUUUCACUCAUUUAGUCGAUUUCUGUGCUAAUGUUGAAUUUUGCAUGCUUGUAAGAAUUGGGUGAAAUAUAUUUUAUGGUGUAUUAGUUAUUCUUUCUUCCAAACAGGAAUUUUAGGUGUAUUUUAUGAUCUUUGUGAAUUGAAGUGGAUUUGUUCUUAUAUUGGAAAGUGGGGCAUUGCUACAUUGCUUUAAGUACUUUUAAAUAGUUUCCAGGUAUCAGGUUUCUAUAUUUAAGAUUAGCACUGAGAAAUAAAAUUAAGAUGUCUUUUGCUGUGGAUUGUUGGAGUCAAGGGUAUCUUGUUUCAGAAUCCUCUAGCCACUGCCACUUAAAUCUUUGAAAAAUAAUGCUUUUCCCUCUUCAUACCGUGGAGAAUUUCUAAUGAACUAACUUUGGCAGUGGGAAAAAAAGAAAAAGAAAACAGGGUUGUAAGGAUUUCUUUGAAAACCUAAAACUAUGGUAUAGGGUUUAUAUGAGCCAAAACUGGGCAAGGAAAACAUGUUUUAAUUGAUGCUUUGCUUUCCUGAAAGAAAACACCUGGAUUCAAUUCAGUUUUCUCACUUGACGUUGAAUGUGGGAUGAUACUGAGUAGUUUGCUUGUCUGGAAGCCUUUUCAGAUAUUUGUAUGCUGGAGUGUUUCUGGUUUUCUGUUUGUUAAUGGAUUCCUUUCUAAUCAUGGCACAAAUUAUAGAGUGAUUGGAAUAGGAUAAAAAUAGUUGGGAUGGCAAAAAAAGUUCACGCAGUUACUUAGAGCCACUGCAGGCACUCACUUAUGAAUCCAGAACAAGUUGUAUGGGGAAUAGGAAGAGAAGCUGAGUAUAGAAUGCCUAUUUAAGAUAGGAAAGGGGAAUUUGAGAAUUGAUUGGUGGUGGUGUGCUGUAAGUGGGUGGAUUUUUUCCCUACAGGAAGUGAUUUGCAGCGUUCACUGAGCCUUUUGUUGAAAAGGGUCCUUCUCAUUUGUGUGAGUCAUGCUUUUGCUGUGAGAGACUUGGCUGCUCUGAGCAGGAAUGGAGUCUUUCUCUUGCACAGAAAACUAUCGCUUCACGUAGCCUCAUCAUGGAACCUUAACCAAAAUUCCUUUAAAUUUUAGUGGGAACCCCCCCCCCCGCUCCCCCAUAAAUAAGUGUUUACUGUCGACCUUUGAUAUUCUGAAUCGUCUGCUAUGUUAGUCCAGGAAUCCUCUGGUUUGGCAGAAGAUAUGCAAGGUUCCAGAUAGAAGGGCAUGCUUCAACGCACCAAGUAUAACCGCUUCAGGAAUGAUUCGGUGACAUCGGCGGAUGAUCUUUUCCAUAAUUUGUCCAUGAACAGCAAGAUCUCAGCAAUUGAUGCAGCUCCGACGCCAUCUCCAUACCUGGCCUCACCUGGGAUUCUCCAGAAGGACCAAGAUGGACCCACCACCUUUUGCACGCUUAUGCAUAAAGUGUCCCACUUGAAACUCUCCCACACAGGCAGCCUUUUGGGCAUCAAGAACCUCUCCUCUGCAGUGAAGGAGCUCGCUGGCUCCAAGUUGCAGGGCAGCUCAGCAGCAGAGGCUUCAGACAACUCAUGUAACCUUGCCUCUGCCACUCCGUCUUCUCAGCAAGACAAGACCAAGAUGAGCACAGGGAAAAAAACAUGGCCAGAAGAAAUGCACUUGGGAGGAGAAGACUGGAAUCAAGGUAACAGCAUUGCCAGCAAAGCCUCCCAAGGGUGGCUGCAUUCAAAUGAGAAGAUCCUGGGACCCGGAGUGACGUACAUUGUGAAGUACUUGGGAUGUAUAGAGGUCUUGCGCUCCAUGAGGUCACUUGAUUUUAAUACAAGGACACAGAUUACAAGGGAAGCUAUCGGCCUUAUCUGUGAAGCUGUGCCAGGAGCGAAAGGAGCCUUUAAAAAAAGAAAGCCACCAAGUAAAGUUCUCUCUAGUAUCCUGGGGAAGUGCAACCUUCAGUUUGCAGGAAUGAAUAUAACUCUGAAUAUAUCUACCACUAGUUUAAACCUGAUGACACCUGAUUCUAAACAGAUUAUAGCAAAUCAUCAUAUGCAGUCUAUUUCCUUUGCCUCUGGAGUAGAUGUGGAUACAACAGACUAUGUUGCAUAUGUAGCAAAGGACCCUGUUAAUCGUAGAGCAUGCCAUAUCCUGGAAUGCUGCGAUGGCCUGGCCCAAGAUAUUAUCAGCACUAUAGGGCAAGCUUUUGAACUUCGUUUUAAGCAAUAUUUGCAGUGUCCCUCCAAGAUUCCUGCUCUUCAUGAUAGGAUGCAAAGUUUGGAUGAACUUUGGAUGGAAGAAGAUGGUGAACCAGCAGAAAAUCCCUAUUACAACAGUAUUCCAAACAAAAUACCUCCUACUGGUGGCCUAGUUGAUGUGAGGGUCAAAGCCAAGCUCCCCUGUGUUUCAGACUCUGCUCAGUCUGCAUCAGCAACGGGAAGAGAGCAAACCUACUACCAGAGUCAACACAUAAGAGACCUAUUUGGUGAUGAAUGGCAACAGGGACCCAGUCGUCAAGGGUCUUUGGAUAUGUGUAGCAUGCCAGAAGGAAAAUCUAAUAUGACCUCACCAGGAGAGAUGCCAACAUAUGUGAAUACAAAACACAUAAAUAUGGAAACUCUGCAGGCUCUUCAGGCAGAAGCUGAACUUCUGCUUAGUGGAACAACCGAAAGUACCAAAGAUUGCAGCCCAGCAAAAGAUCUUUUUGACAUGAGUCCAUUUGAAGAUGCCCUCAAGAACCAAACACCUGGGCCCAUUUUGAACAAGGCUACCUCAGUUGAAUGUACCAGUCCUCUUCUGUCCAGAGCAGCUGGUGCAGCAGUAGCAGAAGAACUGAGCACAGAACCCUGGUAUCAAGGAGAAAUGACUAGAAAAGAAGCAGAACAGCUGUUAAAGAAAUGCGGAGAUUUCUUGGUUCGGAAAAGUACUUCCAACCCAGGUUCCUAUGUGCUGACUGGGCUACAUAAUGGGCAGGCCAAACAUCUCCUCUUGGUGGACCCUGAAGGAACUGUUCGUACGAAGGAUCGUGUAUUUGACAGCAUUAGCCAUCUCAUCAACUACCACCUUGAGAAAAACUUGCCAAUUGUCUCUUCUGGGAGUGAACUCUGCCUCCAUCAGCCAGCAGAGAAAAAACAGUGACCGCUUCUCUACACUCAUUCAUAACCUACCCACCCUAAGAUGUCCAACUCUUGUUUCUCAUGAGCCACAACCCAAAAGGAACUGCAAGUCUAUGUCCAAAGAGGGAAAAAUUGAACCUGUUAACACUUUCUGUAGAUUAAAGAAAUCCCAUUGUUUGUGACACCAAAAGAAGUAAUUUUUCUGACUUUCUAAGGAUAGACAAACUGAUAAAAAUAUCAGGUGGGAGGGGGUUUCUUUACAUUACUUCAUUUAAAGUGUUCUCAUCCCUAACUAUGAAUGCUGACUGUGUACACACACGCACACACACAUUCUUUAUAAAUACAGUAGAUAUUUAUAUUUUUGAAGCCAACCUGCUGAAGACAUGGAACAAAAUAUGUCCUUUUCCAUGCAUUUUUAACUGAGGAGAAGAUGCCAGUUUUGUGGGAUUGAGAAGAAAAUAUAAAUAUCAAAGUUCAGGAGAAAAUCCACACUGAAAACUUUAAGGGUAGUUUUAGAUACAAUAAGCACAACAAUAGAGAGAAAAAACAGAUAAAAUGCAAUUAUUAAAAAGAAGAUAUGGGGAUAGGGAACAAAUAUAAGAGCUAGUAUUCCAACAGGAAAAUUUUAGUCUGAAGCUACUUUUGAAAACAUGAUUAAUUGUCUCUUAAGUAAAUGAUGUCUUUUCCCCUCUUUCAAAUGUCCCAUUUAAAUUCUUAUAUAAUGCUACUCCAAAUUGUUUGUAACUUGCUUUGACUUGAUGUGAUCUCUCUGUGUAUGAGGUACAUGCUUUGAUUUUUCUAAUAUACCUUAUGAUAAAACUUUGAUUUAUUAAAACAGUGUUCAGUAUUAAGAUUC